UUAUCUUUUUAUCUUAUCUUUUAUUUUCAGAAUUAACCAAUUUAGACUUAUUUACUGGAUUUUGUUCUACAGUUUACUAAUUUCCCAUGUUUGUUAUGGAAGUGCAAUGGAUCAAAGACAAAAGCCUCGCCAUAACUCCAAACCAAUCAGGCAGAGGGAUGCACAGACUGAUGAAAUCCUAUUUUUCAUGGGUGCAGAUGUUUUACUGUGGAUUUUCCUGAUUUGUUUUUACUUACGCAGAGAGCUGAGUUUCUGCGUUUUUCUCUGGCUGAUUACUGUUAAAAUUGGAGACAUCAUAGUACCCUCCUGGGGCUUAGUGUCCAAUAUGUUCCAUGAUGUCUACAGGAUCUUCUUUUCAAGCAAAGUUAACCCAACAGAGGCUGAGCUAGAAGCCGUCCAGAGAGUUAGUAGAGUACUAAUCCUUUGCCUCAGCAAUGCUAUGGUGAUUUUUGUGAGCAUUGUUGGAUUACGUCUGUGGAGCAAGGUGACUAUAAGGCAACUGAUAAAUACUGGCCGAACUGUCAUGCAGUUUAUAUCAGCAACAGUUUCUGACUUGUACGAUAUAUACACGGUAAAGGAGGCAACCAACAAAGAAGCAAAAACAGUCAAACCAAAGAAAACUGGCAAAAAGAAAUUCAAAAAAGUAACAUUUAACCUAGUACCACAAAUCAUAGAUGACCUGGAGCCAGAAAAUUCUGCUCAAGAUAUUGAGGAGCCAAUAAAGUCAGUCCAGGAGAUUGUAGAGCCAGGAGACUCUUCUGAGAAGACAGUGGCCUCAUUAUAUCCUACAAUUAUAGAUAUCAGGCAGAAAAUGAUCCUUGUGGAUGGUCUUUCACAAGGGAACAGUGUGGCUGGCCAUACAGAAAUUCCCUGUAUGAGGAGUGGCUCUGACUAUAAUACGGAUAUGAAUAACAGUGUUCUGCCUUCAGUGCCCACUGUGAGCCAGGCAGCAGUAGAUGUCCCUAUGAAUGUGAAGAAGAAGAACAGCUUCUCAAGAUUCAUACAAAGUCUCAGGGACAGAGCCACCAGGUCAAAUAAGAAGAGCAGAAAGUUGAAGAAAAACAAAAUUAUCUUCAAUCUAACAUCAUGUUUCCGGUGCCACUCGGUAGAAUCUGAUACCCCAUAG